GUACAAAUGAUGCCAAGUACAGUAGUCACCGAUGUUCACGCGCUCCAUAGCCAUGGCGGUUCACUCUACUUCAACGCUUUACCUUGUUCUCUGCUUAUCAUCCACCGUUUUGCUGCUACUUUCUUCUUCUCAUGCACAAGCUCAGUCCCUCAAAUACUGUGAUAAGAAUGCAGACUAUGCUGUGAAGGUGAGUGGAGUGGAAAUAUUACCUGACCCAGUGGUGAGAGGAGUGCCGUUCACCUUUAAGAUCGCAGCUUAUACUGGUGAACCAAUUCCCAGUGGUGAUUUACUAUAUGAAAUUUCAUAUGCUGGGAUAGAAGGAGAACCUGCUACAUUUCUCCAUGAUCUCUGUGAGGAAGCACCUUGUCCUGUUCCUGCAGGCCACUUUAAGCUUGUUCAUACCGAAUUAUUACCCUCGGUUACCCCACCGCUUUCUCUCUCGCUCUCUCUCUCUCUAGAGAACCUUCUGGUUCUAACAGUGGUAUCAAGAGCUCAUCGAUCAGGAGCCUGUGGUGGUGCCCAGGGCGGUGCAAGGUGGUGCUGCGGCGGCGCAAGGAGUUCCAGUGGCGGAGCUCAAGGCAGAGAUCAACGGGUUGCGAGAAUUGAAGAGAAUUCAAGAAGAAUCGAAGAACAGAGGGCGAUGUCGAAAUCGAAUUCGCUUCCGAUGAUUCUUCCUACUCUCGAUGGGAAGAAUUAUGAUCAUUGGAGUGUCCAGAUGAAAGCAAUUUUCGGAUUCCAAGAGUGCCUUGAGGUUGUUGAAUCUGGGUUUGAAGAAAUCACUGAAUCUUCUUCUGAAACCCAGAAAUCUGCACACAGUGAAGCCAAGAAGAAGGAUUGCAAGGCAACUUUCUUGAUUCAUCAGUGCGUUGAUGUUGCAAAUUUUGAGAAGAUCUCAAAGGCAAAAUCUUCAAAAGAAGCAUGUGAGAUAUUGGAGAAAAGUCAUUCUGGGUUGGCAAAGGUGAAGAAGGUUAGACUCCAGACGAUGAGGAGGCAAUAUGAACUGCUUCAGAUGGAGGAGCAAGAAUCUAUUGCAGAAUACUUCACCAGAAUCAGAAGCUUGACCAACCAGAUGAAGACCUAUGGUGAGAGCAUGCCAGAUCAAGGAAUUGUUGAAAAGGAUCUGUUUCUCAGUUUCAAAAAAAGGAUUUGUUUCUCUCUUUCUCUCUCAUUUUCGGCGUUCUCUCUCUCUCGACAUCAAUCUGUUUCCUCCCUCGCUUGAGAUCACCAUCCCUCCAUUACCAUCCAUCCCAGUCGCAGCUCUCCCCACGGUGCGACGUUGACGACCCAACUCUCCUCGCAAAGUCUGUAACAGAGCAAGGUCCUCGACCGAGAAUCAUCGUCGUCAGAGCUUCUCCUCGCUCUGCUCCAGUAACUCCGUUAGAAUCCUUCAAAUCUCCGAUUUCGAUUGUGGAUGACAAGAUUGGAGACUAAAAAAUGCAAUCCAGAAGUCGCUACUCACAGCCACACUGAGCUCUCACCCCAUGGUCCAUUAGAACUACUUCAAACCCUAAUUUUGAGCCGCCAAGCCCAUAUAUUCUUCCCUAAUUUUGGAACUCCGGCUGAAAAUGGAAUCCCGUUAGUUUCUCCCGCUUACUAAGGUGUCUGAACGGGAAGAACAUUCAGGGUAUUCCAUGUGAGAACUUGAACAUCACAAAAUAUGAUUGAAGACUGAGCAUAGGAAGAGCUAUACGCAGGGAAGAUGUUCUCUGAGGAGCCGGAUAGAGAUGGUGAUAGCCAAGUAACUCUUUCAGGCGGGUAGGUGUUUAGAACUGAAUCCUCCUCUUCACCGUGGAUGCCAUUAUGACCUCAUCGCCAUCUCAUGUCGCAUGGGUAUUGGGAGAAGCACAAAAUGAUUGGUGGAAAUCAUGUAGACAAGCAAGAGGAUUAAGGAGAAAAAGAAAACAUGCAGCUUCAACAGCAAGUUUGACAUCUGAAGAUCUAACUUUGACCAUCAACUCCAAUGAGCUCUUUCGUUUGUUUUGCUGAGUUUUUAUGAAGAGUGAAUGAUGAAAGAGGUCUUGGAGACACCGGGGGAGUAGAGAUUCAUGUCUAUUAUGGAUGAAAACUAGAAACAAAGUUAUGAUGGUGAAGCUCAAACAGUUUCUAUGAGUGAUCUUUGAUUGAAAGUAGCUGCGUGUUUAGAAGGAGAAAGCUCUUUAGGACUAUGGAUCAGCUGCUGGAACAGAAGGAAAAUGAUCUUGAAAGUCAUGGCCUGGAGCAGGAGAAGCUUCACUUUGAGAUGUACUGUUUCUGUUGGGGUUAGCUAUGUCUACAUAUAUAGAGCUUAACUGGACAUGAUUUUUUCCUUAAUUUAUAGGUUGAAGAAAAUAUCGGCAAGUUUGCAAUGACAGGUUUACUCCCAUCGCUGAUCGGGGUGGUUACCUUCGAGACUCGCACGAUAUCGCUCAUAUCAGUGCUGCAUGUGUUAGAGGAAAACUGAUGUAGCUUUGAUUUUAUUACUUUAUUUUUGGUAUAGUUCUCUAUCUGACUGACUUUCUCUUGCAUUUUUUUCCUCAAGGAUGGUCCUUUGCUCUAUUGUCAAGGACAUGAUUGUUGCUGAUUUAGUUUGCAUUUAGGAGAAACCUUUUGAACUUUGAUAUACUGGUCUAGAUUUUGAUUGAUGGAUUGUUACUUUUUGGAUAAUGAUAUUAAUGGUGACAUAGCGAAGUGCUAAACUAAAUGGAGUAAUUUCUUGCAGAAUGAGCUCAACUCCAUUAAGGAAAUGGAGAAAAUUUCAAAUAGAUGAGCCUGAACCAAUUGGAAAGAAGUUUCAUGUGAGAAGAUGAAUCUCUACUAUGUUACAUAUUAAUACAUAAGAAUUCAAGGCAUUAAAUAGAGUUAUAAUUGAUUAGAGAAGAAGCCUUUUAGCUUAUUGGCUUUAUGGAUGUUAUAAGAAACGAGGUGGAUCAGGAUACUACUGAGACAACUUUCUCCAAGGUGUGUUAUUUGAUGAAGUCUGGGCCUGGAGGCUGAAAAUGGCACUAAUAGAGAAUAAACUUGAGUAUAAUGUCAUUAGUUUUUAAAUAAAUUUUUAAAGGCAUUGUAGUUACAUUGUUAUUAGGAUUGUAUGUUCAUUCUUGAACAGAGAGUGACUGAGCAAUAGGAUAAGGAAGGAUCUGAAGUUGUUUUAGAGGAUGAAGUGCGAACUCAGACUAAUUAAUCUCUCUCUAUCUGUUUGUAUGUUUUAUGAGUUCAGGUUGAGAUUGGUCAUUUGUAUUCUGUCUCAAGAACUUUUGGAUGCACCGGCUCAAGUGUGCAGGUGAUUGCAUAAAAGAAAUGGAGGGAAUUGGGUAAUGUAUUCAGGAUCUCAGCUAUGAUACCUUAGUAAUUAUUAUGUGGCACAUCUGAGCUAUUCUUAGCAAUUCUUAUGAUAAGAUAGACAUGUUCCCUUGCUAUGUUGAAUAUGUAUUUAUAUAGUGUGAUGCCAAUCUAUUCGUUUAUUCCAAAAACUGAAAGUGAACUUGGUUGUCCUUAGUGUUAUAAAUAUUGUGAUGAAAUAUUUGGAAAUUAAUAGAAUAAAAGGUGGUUGAGUUAAUAAAAAUAAAAUUGUAGGGUUGUUAUGAUAAGAUAAAGAUUGAAUGCAAUGUAAACAUGGUAAGGUAGACAUGCCGAUAGUUUAUGUCUCAAGAUGAUGGUUUCAAGAAACUAUGAUAAACUCGCUUAUGUUUCUUUCAGGUUCUCUACCAUGAUGAAUGCAUUGACAUAGAAGCACUUAUGUUAGAUGACUUCAAGACUUGGGACUUUCAUGGCUAAUGUUGGAAAAACUUGAAGUAUUUGAAAUAUUAGAUUCAGAGUAGUUAUUAAAUUGCAGGAGUUAGAUCACCCAUUGUUGUAUUUUGGUUUUUUUUUUACUAUGAAAAGCUAGGAUCAUUUAAAUUCAGUCAUUUUUGUAAGAACCAAUGUAAUUAGUGUGGUCCAUUCAUGAAUCUCUUUCAAUGAAAUUAUCCCUGCAGGGUCUUUGUUACA